CUUACAUCGUGGAGGAGAAAGCGAUUGACGACAAAAAAAAGCUGCGAUCCCGAGAUCCUCACGCCUCUGCGAACUGCGUUGAACCCGGCCUUCACCCACGAUGCCUCCUGUUGCCCCGAUUCAGCAUGGCGGCGCCCAGGCCCCGUCCACUUUUGACAAACUGAAGAUGGGCGCAAUGAUGGGCGGAUCUGUUGGUGUUAUUAUGGGCUUUAUUUUCGGCACCGUUAACAUUUUCCGAUAUGGUGCUGGUUCCCAGGGGAUUAUGCGAACGCUGGGCCAGUACAUGGGUGCAUCUGGUGCUACGUUUGGAUUCUUCAUGGGCGUUGGCAGCGUGAUCCGAUCAGAUGCCGACCCCAAGCUACAAGAACUAUACAUGCGAGCGCAGCGACGGCCGAUAGUAUUAAGAGCGAAUUCGGCUUGGAGAAGGGACGACUAAUUAUACACAAACAACGAGUGGACGAACUGCACCAAUGCAAACUGCGUACCCCGGUAGCUUAAUCGGCUGCCCUGUAAAAUAACAAUAAAUCAAACGACAUUUACGAUCAAUUCCGACGCAAAUCAUGUUAUGUAUGUCUAAACUGUGUGAACGGGCGUGUGGACAUUGAGAGCUUUGUAUACAAUAACGGAAUUUUUUAUAAGCUGGGGGGGGAGCCAUGAGGGAGAGCAUCAGGAGCUUUAUCUUCUUGGCAUGGACGAAACAACUUUUCUCUUUCUUAUUUUAUUCUCGCCCAAAGUGCUGUUAGUGUGCCUUUUAU